AAAGGAGGAAAAAAAAAGAAAAAAAAGAGAAGGGGGGGGGGUGAUAGAAAGCGGCGGCAGCUGCAGCCACGAUCCGCCGCCGGACCGGGCCAGGCCGGGCGGCGGACGCGAGAGCCGAGGAUCUGGGCAACAGGGCGGCCGCCAUCCGGGCAGGGCCGAGUUAAAAAAAAAAAAAAAAAAAAAGCUCAAGUCGCGGCGGCGGCGGCGGCGAGCGCUCAGGGAAGCAGGCCCCAGGCCGCGUGCGGCGGGGCGGCGGGGCGGCGAGCCGGCGGGCGGGCGGGGGGCAGCUGAGCUGUGGCCGGAGCCUCGCGCCGCCCGGAGCCGGCGGCGGGCGGAGGCGGCAGGAGGAGGCGGCAGCUGCAGGAGUAGCGGCGGCGGCGGCGGCGGCGGCGGCGGCGGCGGCAUCUCCUCCUCACAUGACCCCACUGUUUGUCCCCGUGAUCAGCGCGAGCGGCUCCCGUGUCUCCUCCGUCCCCUCCUGCCGCGCGGCGUGAGCGCCGGGCUCGGGCCCCCCCGGCCGCCCGCCCCCUCCCCUCCCUCCCUCCUCCCCCGCCCCCCAUGGACAUGCUGGACCCGGGUCUGGAUCCCGCUUCCUCGGCCACCGCUGCUGCCGCCGCCAGCCACGACAAGGGACCCGAGGCCGAGGAGGGCGUUGAGCUGCAGGAAGGCGGGGACGGCCCGGGGGCUGAGGAGCAGACGGCGGUGGCCAUCGCCAGCGUCCAGCAGGCGGCGUUCGGCGACCAUAAUAUCCAGUACCAGUUCCGCACAGAGAGUAAUGGAGGCCAGGUGACAUACCGCGUAGUCCAGGUGACUGAUGGUCAGCUGGACGGCCAGGGCGACGCGGCUGGCGCCGUCAGCGUCGUGUCCACCGCUGCCUUCGCGGGGGGGCAGCAGGCUGUGACCCAGGUGGGUGUGGACGGGGCAGCCCAGCGCCCCGGCCCUGCCGCUGCCUCUGUACCCACAGGUCCCGCAGCACCCUUCCCGCUGGCUGUAAUUCAAAAUCCAUUCAGCAAUGGUGGCAGCCCAGCGGCCGAAGCUGUCAGCGGGGAGGCACGGUUUGCUUAUUUUCCAGCAUCCAGUGUCGGCGAUACCACAGCUGUGUCUGUUCAAACUACAGACCAGAGCCUACAGGCCGGAGGCCAGUUCUAUGUCAUGAUGACACCCCAGGAUGUGCUUCAGACAGGAACACAGAGGACAAUUGCACCCCGGACACACCCCUAUUCUCCGAAAAUUGAUGGAACCAGAACUCCUCGAGAUGAGAGAAGAAGAGCUCAGCACAAUGAAGUGGAGCGGAGAAGGAGGGACAAGAUCAACAACUGGAUCGUCCAGCUUUCAAAAAUCAUUCCAGAUUGUCAUGCAGACAACAGCAAGACAGGGGCGAGUAAAGGGGGCAUCCUGUCCAAGGCUUGCGAUUACAUCCGGGAGCUACGCCAGACCAACCAGCGUAUGCAGGAGACCUUCAAGGAAGCAGAGCGGCUGCAAAUGGACAAUGAGCUCCUGAGGCAGCAGAUCGAGGAGCUGAAGAAUGAGAACGCCCUGCUUCGAGCCCAGCUGCAGCAGCACAACCUGGAAAUGGUGGGCGAGAGCACCCGGCAGUGAUGCCCGCCGGCUCACCCUUCAGCUGCUGCCGGCCUCUGCUGCCCCUCCCCCAGCCCUUAGCACAGAGAGGGAGAUGCCCCUCCCCAAGCUGCGUUUUUUUAUAGUAGAUUUUUAACAAAAACAAGGAGACAUAAUGCAUUUCUGUUGAUACAUUGCCCACUACCCUCCCCCAUGCGGAAAUGAUGUCCACCUGCCCAUCUGUCCGUCAGCCUCCCUUCUCGGCCCUCACCAGCCCAUCACUUAUAGUGGGCUCAUCGGGAGGAGCGAGGGAGGAGGACAGAGGCCCCGCUGCCCGCUGCCUCCUUGGUCUCUAGAGGUAUUGAGACAGGGUGCUUAUGGGAAGGAGGGAGCUUUGGGGAUGGGGGCCUUCCCUGGGGCCUGGACCUAUGCAGGGAGGCCAAGCCCCCCACCCCUCUUGUUUCUGGAUCCCUGCUCCCCUCUGGGUGUGUGGGUGUGUAUGUGUGUGUGUAUGCGCGUGUGUGCGUGUGUAUGUGUGCGUGUGUGUGUGUGUGUUUUAAUUUUCUUUAUGGAAAAUGGACAAAAAAUAGAGAGGUAUUUAACUGCAAUAAACUGGCCAGUGUGGCCCCGCCUUGUC